UCUAGACGACGAUAGCGACGACACGCACGACAUUUCAUCUAGAUUUCAGUAACGACAUAUAGUACGAUGCCCUCUAUUCUUUCCAACCUUCGUCGUUCUCGUGAACGCUCUCGCAAGACAUCAAGCCUGACCUCGCCAUCCAAAGCGAAACCUCUGGACAUUCUACCUGGCGUGACCGAGAUAUCAGAACAAGAGGAAAAUGAACAGCUUUCCUCCGCCCCGUCUUCCGUAAUCCACCUAUCGCAUCGCCCCAAGCCGCAAACUCAUCUAUCUCUGCAAAUCCCCCAAGCUGACCUGUUAGCGAAGAAGCGCGAUUCACGCCGCGUCGUUCUUACCGGCGUAGAAGGCUUGACAUUUGACGACUUGUUCCCUCUGCAAGCGCCACGCCCUGCGCCGUCCCCGCCCAACGUUCGUCCCACCACGGCCGCGCCUGCGCACGUCGAGUCGCCGCUCGAGACCAUCAGCUUGCGCUUCUCAAGCCUCAAACUCCCUUUCACUAGAGCGCCGACAACACCCGAGUCAGUUCGGAGUCCGCGCAGCUCCUCGCCUACUCCGUCUUGCGCAAGCAACACUUCCGUCAGUACUGUCUCGUCUGCUGCCUCCACGUCGUCAACUCGCGCGAAGGUACUCACGCCGCCAACAUCAGACGACGAGUGCCAUGAGUCCCUUGCUUCCCGCCUGGCACGCGCACCAACAGUCAAGUCGCAUCGCGGUACGAUUGGAUACGUCCCUGGCGCACCUAAGCAGAGAAGUGCGAGUGAGAAAAGUUUCGUAGAUCUUGGGCUAGAUGAGGAUGAGCUUGAUGAUGAACCGGAGGAUGCAUCCUGGUUUGCUCGGGACAUCAGCGACUCGUUCGUUCUUUCGUCACCAGAGAACGAGCCGUGUACUCUGGCGAAGACACCGGUAGCUUCCAUUCCGAGAGUCAGUGGGAAGAGCAGAUUCAGUAAACCAUUGCCCGCGGCACCCAGGAUGUCAGUUCAGUCUAUCAACAAUGCAUGCCCAAGUGCACAGCUGGACCCGGCCUUCCCAACAAAGCGCAGGUCGUACAUUCCGAAUCGGCCGCCGCCGCCGCCGCCCAUUCGCAUCGUCGACAUCGACUGCGGCACCAACAUUUUCAUCGCACCUCCAACCCCAGAAGAGCCGUCGAAAGGUUCGCCCACGAUGGAAGAGAAGACUGAGGAGUUGCUGACACUACUUGCAAACGCGGCUUUAACUACUACUUCAUUGGCUGCCCCUUCUGGCCCCUCACGGCUCUCAUGCAUCUCAAACCUAGUCGUGCCGACCACCGUGACCCCGCACAGCUGUGACUUUAUCGUCCCGACCCCGACAGUUAUACGUCCGCUGCCACGCUUCGUGCCAGCCGACAUCUCAGAGCUUUCGGACCCUGAGGCAGGCAGCCCUGCGUCAGCCGACUUCUUCGUGGCGGACUCCGACGAACUCGACUUAGGCGCGCUCGAACUCGAGUGGAUGCCCGACUCUGACGACGACGAAAGUCUGCCCUCGACCCCCCGCAGCACCGACAGCCGCAGCUUAUACUCACAAGCGUCCAUGUCCCGCGUCGCCGCCCUCAAUGAGCUGUCGCUCGAUGCUAUCCCACUCGAGCCUGCCACUCCUGCAGGGUCGUUCCUUUUCAUUGGCAACGACGACGACGAGUUUCUCGGUAUGGCGAUUCCCGACAGCCCAUCUGUUCGCCCGCACGACGAUAUGUUCUUCCCCGUGCAGUCAGAGAAGGUCCUUCGCUCGCGCUGGAGCUCGUCGACGCUCGCCGAGUCGUUCGCGGAUCACCGCAGUAGCGGCUGGCGGGGCCGCUUCAUCUUCGGCGCAAGCAAGAAGCCACAGUCGCCGACCAAGACGGGCUUUAUACUCAAGUCGCCGACGAUGCCGAGUUUCAACAUCUCGAAGCCCACGUUCGCGACACCGACGAAGAAGGGCACGCCGAGCGCGCCGAGCCCCGCGGUGUCUGCCUCCCCAACGAAACGGUCCGGUGCCCCGAACACGCCCAGGUCGUCCCCGGCGAAGUCGUCACGAGGGUCCCCCGUGCGCACUCUCGCGCGUCGGGACAGCAACGCCAGCCUCUGCUCGUCAGAUUCGGGCGAGUCGGUUUGCAGCGCCUCGUCCUCGACGUCCAACGGGCUGAGGCGGAAGCCGAUCCCCAUCGAAAUCUUCAUGAGGGCGUGAAGUCUUCGUUCUCUUCAUAUCUCUUCUCAUGAAUCAGUCUUGCACAUAUGCUAGCUGCGAUCUAAUGUACACUUCGCUUUUAUCCCUGGACACCGUAUUGGGCGGACGUCUUCACCCUCUUUCUUGUAUUGGCACUUUCACACAUCUCUCUUGGCCCAACGAACUAUUUGUAGCUUUAUACAUACCUCAUCACUGUCUUGCGUCAAUCUCAUAUAGAGCGUCUUACUCUACUGUAGCAUCAUUCUUCUGUCUAUGUUGUACUUCAUGUUAUCAAUGAUAUGAUUCUCAGCAUGC